AGUCGGGAUCGUCGCGGCGUGCGCGCGACACUUCCAAACGAUCCUUUCCUUCUCGUCCCCCUCGAGCGGCGCCCUCGCUAGUCCUGCAUCCUACUGAACGUAUUUCGGGCCCGCUUAUUUACCGUUCGGCAGACGCCAGAUGCAGAGUUAAGAGGAGGAGGUCCAUAAUAUUGCCGAAGUGUCCGGAGGAACCGUCGCUGAAUCGUAACACUACCCCUCUCGAACGAGUUCGCGUCGCUCAAAUGUAAGUGAACACGCGGUUCCGCGAUCUUCACCCCCGUCACAUGCUGCCGACACCGACAAUGCCAACGUCCCAAGCGAUAGGACUGUAUAUAAUAUGGAACCUAAUCGCUGGAAGCCUGUCAUAUACUGAGGAAAUUUUGCAAAUCCACAGUCAACCGGGCCCGACGUUCGGCUAUGGAACUCCACCACGGGGCCUGAUGCCGCCGCCGCCGCUACUAUUACCACCGCGGCGCUGGCCAGAAUCGGAAUUGCAUUGGGUCGGUGCCGCUCAGCGAAGGGAGACGAGACCUCGGCCCCACCUGCAGCUCGUGCGUAUCCAGGAGAGUCAAGUGGAUAAAAGCGACCCCUUGGCAACCAUCACCGAGACCCUUGGCGCCCUGAAUACCGUCGGCAGCUACAUCGUCAACAUGACCCGGGGCGUCGACUCGUCCGAUCCGCCCAAGGAGCUGCCCUCGGCACUCUACACUAUCUCCAAGAAUAUAUUGGGGAGGAACGUCACCGACAGCAUAGCGCCUUUGGUUAGGGGUGUCACGCUGCCCUUGAGGCCAGUCAACUUGGUUCAAGUAUCAUCAGUCACCCCGGAGGCAUCGACAUCGACCGUAGCACAGAUACAGACGAGCUCGAGACCGAAUACCGAAAUCCCGGUCGUGCAGUCGACGACGAGCCCAGGUACGACAGUGGCCGCCGAGGCCUCAAGCGUCACCCCCGAUGUCGUCGAUAGAGACUCAAAGGCCAGCACUGAACAGCCUCCAACCUGCACUACCACUGAGGGCCAUCACGGUAAAUGCCAGGAUCUAAGUAACUGUCCUCACCUACUACUCGACCUUACGAAACUCCGGCAGUCUAUUUGUUUCAAAAGCCUCUUCGUGCCCGGGGUUUGCUGCCCAGUCGACAGGUUUACAAUCAGUGUACCAGUGACGAGUAUCGUACCGAGGCCAACGGCCAAGCCCACGCCUCGGCCGAUUCCUCUGUUCACGGUGCCGUCGUCCACCAGACGACCGAUAGUCGACGGAUUCCAGACGGACGUUGCUCUUACGAACACGACUGGCAGCCUCGAACUCAUCGACAACAACUUCAUUCAAGAGGACGACGAGUGUGGCGUACGUAACGCGGGCAAGUAUCGGGUCGUCGGCGGCGAGGAGGCGCUCCCAGGUCGCUGGCCCUGGAUGGCAGCCAUCUUCCUCCACGGCUCGAAGCGGACGGAGUUCUGGUGCGGCGGCUCGCUGGUGAGCAACCGGCACAUCCUCACCGCCGCGCAUUGCACCCGCGACCAGAGGCAGCGGCCAUUUCUUGCUCGACAGUUUACAGUGAGAUUAGGGGACAUCGAUCUCGAGCGCGACGACGAGCCCUCGAGUCCCGAGACCUACGCCGUGAAGGACAUCCACGCGCACUCGAAAUUCUCGCGCGUCGGCUUUUACAACGACAUCGCCAUUCUCGAGCUCGACAGGACCGUGCGGAGGAGCCCCUACAUCAUCCCCAUUUGCCUGCCACAGGCCCGACACAAAGGCGAGCCCUUCGCUGGGGCCAGACCCACUGUUGUCGGCUGGGGUACCACCUAUUAUGGCGGCAAGGAAAGCACGAUCCAGAGACAAGCGGUUCUGCCGGUUUGGCGGAACGAUGACUGCAAUCAGGCUUACUUCCAACCGAUUACCAGCAAUUUCCUCUGUGCCGGCUACAGCCAAGGGGGUAAGGAUGCCUGCCAGGGUGACUCUGGUGGACCCCUAAUGCUGCGCACGGACAGCCGAUGGAUACAGAUCGGGAUCGUCUCAUUCGGGAACAAGUGCGGCGAGCCCGGGUAUCCCGGCGUAUACACGAGGGUCUCCGAGUACCUCGACUGGAUCAAGAGUAGCAUGCACUGACGACGUGACACUUUCUUUAUAAUCAUUGAGAGCCCGCAGGUUCAAUGUCUUGCGUUCGUGUUUUGUGAGGCUUUCGAGCAAGGCGCUCGACUUUUAUGUUGUACACGAUCUUUUCUAGCCAGCUUUUUACGUGUAUUCGUAUGUAGCCGCGAGCUUUACUAUUGUAUCGAUCGAGUUUUUACGCAUGUCUUCCAUAAUCCAUAAUGUAUGUAUAUAUGAUACGUAGUAAAUGUGAAUUUUCGAGCGAGCGCUUUCAUGGCAAAGAAAAGGGAACGGGGCUUAGUAAGAAUCACAGUAAUUAUAAGCGCCGAGUUAACGAAAUAUUUAUA